AGAACUCCAACAUCUUCUUCAAAUCAUUACACUCCCAGAAGACUUCAGGUAAUACCUGGUUUUGAAGAAAAUAGAUAAUGGAAAUGUUCUGGCUUUAUACCUAUAAUGACCCAAAACAUCUUGUUUUGUUUAUACUUUGUAGUUUGGCAUGAAAACCUUUCCCCCCUGCCUCCCACAACCUCCAAGGUCUCUUAUAAGAUGAAUGGCACAGUUUCUACUUGUCAUGCUAAUUAUCCACACCUAAACCCUCUGCAAGGCAGAUGCCAUUUGAAAGCAGAGUGCUGGGGUUUAUAGAAAGUUCACUGUAUUACUCCCUCUAGUGAUUUUGCUAAUAAAUUCAUUCAACAGGAAUCAUCUGACCCAAGAGCACCCCUUUUCAAACAGGAGCCUACAUCCCCACCAAAACCCAUUCACAUUACAGCAAAGAUAAGAUCAGCGGCGGCUGUAAAAACUGAGCCCUGUGACAGAACAGAAAGCAAGUAUGGUGGCUUGGUUGGAGAAAAAGUCAAAGAGGAAAAACUUGAAAUGACAGAUAUGGAUACAGGAAUGGAAGGUAAAAAAGAUAGAAUUUUGUCAUCAGAUUAUUAAAGGCAAAGUGUACAAGUUGCCUGGCUGGAAAUUAGUCCUGCUAGUUAAGUAACUUUCCUUGUUGACUUGCCUCAUGGGCAGCCCAGUAAAGUCCUCUUUGCAUAAUGAAGCAGACUAUGACAACCAUGGAACUGCUCUGGGCAAGUGAAAUUGGAUCUUGUGUACUUUGGGCGCAAUUCGGCCGAGUAUUGGUUGACACUCUCUGCUGACAUUCUUUGGACUUGUCACCAACAUAGACAUGUUGUGCACAUAUGAACCAACACUCAGCCAAUGUGUUUUGCCGAUUCGUGGCACACAUGUCAGCUGGUGUGUCAUCCAACAUGUUGACUGAGUGUCUUCUGUUUAUCGGCUGAUAUGUCAACCUGUCUGAUGAAUGGGUAUAACUUAUGUCAACCAACAUAAUUAUUAGCCAAGACCUAACUGACAUGUCAACAGAUAGUCAACCAUUACACUGACCAAGUGUUGGCCAUUAUGUCAGCCAAUACUAAUAACUUUUUCUGAGCUGUCAUAAAACAUGAUUUAGUUUAAGUGUAAUCAUACAUGUGUAAAUAACAGAAUCUUAAAAAACUUUCUUACCUGGAAAAAAAGGCUCUUAAUCCGCACUGUUUUUGUUUUGAUUGAUGUUAAAACUGAACGUUUGACAUGAUCGUCCAUUGCGCAAAAAGUAUGUGUUUCAUUCGUAGCUUAUAUUUGCAUGUGUCAGCGGUGUUUAUUACAAAACAGAAGAGUUAAAACAUCGAAAUGAAAAAGAUCAUUCGAGUUCGUAGAAUCCAUUGGGAGAAAAGACCAAUUAAACAUACACUGUCUUUCUAGUUCGAGAUCGUAAGUAUAGUCGGCAGUAAGUCAGUCGCACUUUGCUUUGGGUUUUACGGCGCACAGGUGCGAUUACACAUGAAUUUUUAGGCGCACAACCAAAAAAUCCAGUUGCAUAUGCGACCAGUUAGUCGCUAACUUUGAGCCCUGGGUACUGCUAUUGGCCAGGAUCACGUAGCAGCUGCUCGGAAGAGAAGUCAUGGUCCCUGACCCCAAAUUACUAAAACAAUAAUUGGAAGAAUGACAUAUCAUUGUUUCCUGCAACCAAUUAGGAGAGACCUUCCGAGCAGCUCCUACACUACCCAUUGGCCCUGCCACCAAUAUAAAUUAUAUGUUAACGAAUCUUGAAUUUCAGAUGGGACUGGCUAUGUGGAUGAUGGAAGAGAGAUUUUUGAUGAUGAUCUUGAGGAGGAACCUUCAGAUGGUUAGUGAAUUUAUUAGCUGUAUUUGGUGAAAAAAUGGGUUACGGUUUUACAUAGGCUACUAGGAAAUAGAAAAAUCUGUACUCAAUAAAAAUCUUCAUUCACCGUUUCAGGGAAAAAUGUUCCUAAAUUCAAGUCUAAAAAACCAGUAAGUACUUUUGUUGGACAGGCUUGUUGUUUCAAAUUUCUAUAUGCUUUGAACUAAUAAUUAUAUUUAUUAAUAACACAUUAAUGCAUUUUUUCUUCUAAAUCACAGAACGUGAAGAAACCAGUAGCAAAGCCAAAGUCAAUCAAUAAAAUGUUACUUGCGGCAAGUGCCAAAGCUAAGAAACCAAAGGUGAGAAGGUUUGAGAACUAAAAUGGGAUAAGGUAGAGGCAAAAACAUGCCAAAGUCCCAAAUGGCCAGAGUUUAUCUCAAUCGGUUUCCUUAUCAUGAAGCAUACCUAGGAGUAUUGCUACUCCCCCCUGGACGGGAUGCUAGUCUAUUGCAGGGUUACCCCCAGCAGUACGUCGCCGGUGCCCAUUUAAAACAGUGGACUAAAGUUCCUUGUCUAAGAAAACAAUGCGACAGGCGAGGCUUGAACCCCGGACCUCCAGAUCCGCCCAGCCACACACAUGCCUCCACAGAUAAACUAAAACAAACCAAAGAAAGACUGCUUGAGAAAACAGCUUCUUACAUGUAGUUGUUGCUUAUGGUAGCUUAAUAUUUCUCUCUUUCUCUUUUGACCCAAAAGAAACUUAACUAAGUUCUUUUUUAUGCUCCCUUUGUUAGAAGGAAGUUACAUCUCUUGGGGAUGACGAUCUCCUCAAUGACCUUUUGAAAGAAGUAGAGGUAUGCACAGAAAUUUAAAGUUAGAUUAUUAUCACUUGUGUUUUUGUUGGUGUAGUGUUUUGUUCUGGAGUGCUAUGGGGAACUGUUAAAUGUAAAGAAAAUCAUCACAGUUGUGACUACAACUUUUGCAGUUGUCAAAAGAAAUGCUGAAAAAAUUCAGGCUUGUACUGAAUUUUUGAACUCUUGGCCUUUGCAAUAUCUUCUAAGCCAACAGGCCAAUAGACCGUUUCAGAGUUGCCCCAAGCCUCUGAUUCAAAACGAGGCUAAGGACAAAGCUAUUGAUAUGAAAAGGAUUUUUUAUUCUCAUGCAAAUAAAACUCAUUUUCACAAGAAAAGGUUUUGGAGUCAGCUUCAUUUUAAAAGUGAAAGCUCUUGGAACUCACAAAUGGCCUGUUUGGAGCUGGUUUUUAAGUUGGUUCAUUCCCAGCUGGCUUGUAAAUAUCUCAGUUGGUGAUACUAUUGCAGUGGUCAAAGGUUUGAAUCCCACACAAACCUGAAUUUUUUUUUCAGGCUUUCUUUUUGCAACUGCGAAAGUUGCAUUUAAAACUGUGAUGAUCUUCUUUGCAUCUACCUUUUCAUCCUGCCAUUCUAAUAUAUGAUUUUCAUAUAUUCAUAUAGUUUCAAUUAUGUUGUUUUUCUAAGAAGGUCAAGUGUGGUAGUCCAGGUAAGUGUAGUGCUGAAGAGGACUGUUGUUGACAGUGACUUAAUUUUCGACCACUCGUCGUAGUCAUUUUUAUGCAGAAUCAGAGUUAGUUGUCUCACAUCAACUGAUGUUAUUAAACUCUGUUCAUUGACCUGAUUGGUCAAUUAGGUCACGAUGCUAUUGCUUGUUUGUCAAUCAGUUAAGCAGUGAUCUGCUUUGAAGACUCUAAAAUGUGAUUGGUGUGUUUCGAUCCAUCUUUUGUCACAGUCUUAAUGAUUGUUUUUGUUAUUUUUGACAUUUUAAGCAUCCAAGACCAGCUCCAGUGUCAAAGGGCAAGGGUCAAGUGUUAAGGUAUUGUAAACAAGUUAUUGCUACAGAAAAAAUAGAAUAAUAGUCUGAGUUGAAGUAAAAGUAUAUUGAUUUUAGAGGCAGUGAGAAUAUGCAUAGACGUCAGUCAUUUUGGUAUGACAGUAAGCUGAGCAGAAAAUUAGAUUAAGAAUCAUGUCUAGUAAAAGGAUAAAUCAAUUUUGUUGAUUUUUAUUGUUAUGGUAAUAGUUUUUUGCUUUUAAACUGAGAGUCCUCAAAGUCAGGGCUGUCCCUAUGAUUUUAAGGUGCCAGGUAUAUGCAAAAAGAGGGUGGGGGGAAAUGAACUGCUCGGAAGUUUUUUUUUUUUUUUUUUUCCCUCUUGUUUCCUAUAAAAGUAGCCCAGGGUCAAGCUUAUAGUAGUCAGGCAGGGUUUUUUUUUAGGUAUCGGAGAUUGGAGAAUUCUCGGUCUCCUACGCAGAAUUCUCCAGCUAACGUUCGGUAGCCUAUGACAAGUGUUUAUUCAGAUGUGGAUCCUCUUUCAAAAUAUUCUCCUGUAAGUACGUUACGCCUUUCUCCUGCUACUAGAAUUCUUAAUGAAAACCCUAGCCAGGGGAAAUUCCCAGCCUCCAACCCUUAGUGACAGCCCUUCAAAGUCCUUUAUUUAGGUUAAUGAUGCUUUGUUUUUUUUUCAUUUAAAGAACUCCAACAUCUUCAAAUCAUUGCACUCCCAGAAGGCUUCAGGUAAUAUCUGGUAAAAAAAAUAGAUAUUGGAAAUGUUCUGGCUUUAUACCUAUGAUGACCAAAAGCAUCUUGUUCUGUUUAUACUUUUUAGUUUGGCAUGAAAACCUUUCCCCCUGCCUCCCACAACUCCCAAGGUCUCUUAUAAGAUGAAUGGCACAGUUUCUACUUGUCACGCUAAUUAUCCACACCUAAACCCUCUGCAAGGCAGAUUGCAUUUGAAAGCAGAGUGCUGAGGUUUAUAGAAAGUUCACUGUAUUACUCCCUCCAGUGAUUUUGCUAAUAAAUUCAUUCAACAGGAAUCAUCUAACCCAAGAGCACCCCUUUUCAAACAGGAGCCUACUUCCCCACCAAAACCCAGUCACAUUACAGCAAAGAUCUGCGGCGGCUGUAAAAACUGAGCAAUGUGACAGAACAGAAACAAAGUAUGGUGGCUUGGUUGGAGAAAAAGUCAAAGAGGAAAAACUUGAAAUGACAGAUAUGGAUACAGGGAUGGAAGGUAAAUAAGAUAGACUUUCGUCAUCAGAUUAUUAAAGGCAAAGUGUACACUCGCAGGGCUGGAAAUUAGUCCUGCUAGUUAAGUAACUUUCCUUAUUGACUUACCUCAUGGGCAGCCCAGUUAAGUCCUCAUUGCAUAAUGAAGCAGACUAAGACAACCAUGGAACUGCUCUGGGCACGUAAAAUUGGGUCUUGUGUACUUUGGGCGCAAUUCGGCCGCGUAUUGGUUGACACUCUCUGCUGACAUUCUUUGGACUUGUCACCAACAUAGACAUGUUGUGCACAUAUGAACCAACACUCAGCCAAUGUGUUUUGCCGCUUCGUGGCACACAUGUCAGCUGGUGUGUCAUCCAACAUGUUGACUGAGUGUCUGCUGUGCGUCGGCUGAUAUGUCAACCUGUCUGAUGAAUGGGUAUAACUUAUGUCAACCAACAUAAUUAUUAGCCAAGACUUAACUGACAUGUCAACAGAUAGUCAACCAUUACACUGACCGAGUAUUGGCCAUUAUGUCAGCCAAUACUAAUAACUUUUUCUGAGCUGUCAUAAAACAUGAUUUAGUUUAAGUGUAAUCAUACAUGUGUAAAUAACAGAAAAAUCUCUGCUAGAUGUUCCUGGUUCAUAUGAUGACAUGCCAGAGUACGAUGCUGGUUUUGAUGACUUUGAUAAUGACGAUGAUCUUGGUAAUGAAGAAGCUAUCCAGGCUUUAUCAAAUGCAGAAAAGAAUCAUGAUGUAAAACCUCACGUCAAGGUACUUUACUAUAUUGAUUCAAUAUUGAUUCAAUACCAGGUUAGCCUUGUUUUGUAGGACCAAGCUGUUCCAAGUAAUCUAAGAAGCAGGUUCAGGCAACCUUUGUUUUCCUACAAUUUAGUUUAGAGUCCCUUAAACUUAAACCAAGAACUUUUUAAGUUACUGAAUUCAUGUUUUCCAAGAAAUUGUAAAAUUAAAAAUUGUUCUUCUCAGUCUCUGACCAACUUUUCAAGGUCACCUUUAUUUUACAAUGAAACUUUGUUGAUCUCUUGACUCACUUCUCUAUCUAUUCAACAUUAUUUAUUUUUGGGAAAGCUACAAGUAACCAUCAGAAGUACUUCAUAUACUUUCCUUUAAUUAUCCUCUCAGGUUGAGGCUAGUGAGAAGCCAAAUGACAGAAGAUGCGCUAUGCCACAGAAGUAUGCAAUUCUAUUAUGAUAUUUAUUUUGAAAUUCAUUGACAAGUCACAUCACUAAACAAUUUAAAUAUUUCUGAGAAACAAUAACAUAUUAUUAUCGUAUGACUUUUUAACUUUGUUGGGGGGUAGAAGUAAUAAUUUAUUGUCAUGUUUGUGUUUUGAAGUCAAGGGAAGGGUGUGGUCACAUGUGUUUUGAAGCAAAGUCACUGGAACUUGCUGGAUCUUGUCAGCAGAUAAUUUUUGUUGAACAAAGAAAUGAUUAUGUUACAGCUACUUGAGCUGAUGCCUUUGUACCAUUUGGUUUUCAUGACUGCUUUCAGGAAAUAACUGGCUCAUUUAGGGGUUCUUGUCUUGUGUUUUGGGCACAGUCAGACAAAACUACUGUCCACUGCACUGCUGGGCAUUUUUGGAUAUUCAUAGUUUGCUAAUUAAAUAAUGACUUCCUUUUUAUUUAAUUAUCUGUAAUAAAGUGAUGGGGGGAGGCUUUGCAUUCCACUCCUGCCUCGUGCUUGCCUUUCCUCGCCUAAAAAAUACAGAAAAAUUAUCCUUGUUCUGCAGUUUAGCCCUCAAAAUAUAUUGAUAUCACGAAAAAACUUAAUUUAGUAAUAAUAAGUGCAUGGAUCUUUGCAGAACAACAGAACUUCCUGGUGAUUCAGGAUGGGAAACUAUCUUAGGAAAUGAAGAUUCACAACAACAAGAGGUAUAAAAGUGUCAAAAGAUUCUUGUAAAUGUGUUUUGUUCUUAGUCACCUCCCUGCCUUUCAUUGUACAAGAAGUCAAGCGUCUUUUUUGAAUUAUAUAAAAAUGACAUCAUAUCUCUUUCUCUGGAAUGAGAAAUACCUCUCUGUACCACUUCAUCACAACACAGAGAAAAGUAUAGUAUCCCUCGCAGCCGUUUUUUGGAUGUCAUGCAACGCUCCCCCGAAAGAACUUUCAGGGGAGCAUUGCGUGACAUCCAAAAAACAGCUGCGAGGGAGACUAAGAAAAGUAUGGUGUAGCUUUAAUUUGUUUCCUGUUUGUUUUAAACAAAUUUUGUUUAAGUUGCGUACAGUCAAACCCUCCAUAAUGGACGCCCGCUUAAUGUGGACACCUUGUUAUUACAGACAGUUCGUUUUGUCCCUGGGGAAUGAAAGCCCUUACAUUUUUUCUAAUUUCAACUGUUAAUACGGUCACUUUCUAUGGCCCCCUCAGUGCCCGUAUUAACAGGGUUUGAGUGCUUAAGUUUUUUUUUUUUUUUUAUGUGCUACUCAGUAGGUUUUGAUGGAUGUUAAUGUGGAUUCGUCUUCUCUUCCACUCAAAGAAGUAGAUGGUUAGUAAACAUAUCAGCAAUCAACAAGUUUCAAGCUUGAAAUUAUUAAAAAGUGAAAAUAUAGGCCUCAGCCAGUUCUGCUUUCAAGAUGGGCAAAAUAAAAAUUCAAGAAGACUCCUGACAUUUCACUUUCCAAAAAGAUGAAAAACUAGCAACCCUAAGUAAAAGUACUGCUUAACCCUUUAAACCCUAACAUCAAAAUUCAAAUUCUCUUUUGUUAUCCCUAUACGUUUUCAAUAGAAGUAGUGGGGAGAAUUUGAUGAAGUAUCAAUUAGAUUCAUCUUGUGUGAUCAUAUCCUUAAUUCUCAUGACCACUGUGUUUUAUAAAGCAGUGAUAUUACAAGGAGAAAUUUGAUGCUGGUCACUCUUAGGGCCUAAAGGGUUAAGAGGUUGAACAGUCAUAUGGGAUUUCAUCCAAAGAAUUGCAAAAAUCUCUGCUAGAGCUAACAUUUUGAUAGAAAGGCUUGAUAAAUGCCAACAUAUAAAAGGGACACAGAAAGAAACUAUGGAACCUUGCAAGGAUGUCUGACUAGUGAUGCCAGUUCUGUCCAAAUUUUGAAGUACUAAAUCUGUUGCCCAUUCCAUGUUCUUACAAAGAUCAUCUUUUCUUUCUCCUCUUAGGGGAAAAAUUCCUUAAAUUCUACUGGUUUGAUGCUUAUGAAGACAGAUUCAAACAACCAGGUAGAGUUGGUCAAGGUUGCUGGACAGUUGUAUUAUUAAGAACAUCACUAGCUUCACUGUAAGUUUUGAAUGUUCCUGUUAAUUAUUCCCUAUCCUUUAGGUACUGUAUACCUUUUUGGAAAGGUUUGGAUUGAAGCUGCAAAGGCAUAUGUGAGGUAAUUACUGUUUAUCUAAAUUUUAUUUUUCUCUUUAACUAAGUUCGGAAAUCCCACAUGGGAAACCAGAAGGACCACUUAGUGGACUUGCAACUGCUAAUUAAAAAUUUAUCUUUUUUCAUAUUAGCUGUUCAGUGGCAGUCAAGAACAUUGAGAGACAAAUAUUUAUUCUCCCAAGAGAAAAGGUGAGAGAAUGGAUGUAAAAACAUUGCUGCAGUUGUUGAGUUCUUCUUGCAUGUCUUUUCAAAUAUUAUCUGUACCUGUUCCAGCAAUGUACUAAAUUAAUUGAUGUUUUUUUACUUUAUAUCAUUUAGAAGCUUGAAGUUGAUGGUUCUGAAACUGAUGAGCCUGUUGGGUUUAUUGAUAUUUACCAGGUAAAAAAAAAAUAAUGAUUUGAUUUUAAUCAUAGUAAUUUUGAUUACUGUAUUUCAUGGGCAGAUAUAGGGGUGAACCGAGGGGGCCGCAACCACCCCUUUUCCUUUGAAAAUUAAUAUUAUUUUUAUAGAAUUUCGUGUCAGAAAAAUAAAAAGUAUCUAGAAUGGAGCUGUUAAGUGUCCUGGCCACUCCUUUCUGAAUUUUCUGGAUCUGCCGCUGUAUUCCUUCUAAUAAAUGCCCCUGAUAUUUAAGCCUCCUCCUUUAAAUUUUACCAGUAAAGUAGGGUCCUCUCUUGACUAAUACCCCCCCCCAAAUCCCCACCCUUGGCGGCCAACCACAUGUUCCCUCAAAGAAUUACUUGAGAAAGAGAGUAAAAGAUAGAAGGGUUUUACCUUAGGACGUCAUUAAUUAUCUUGAUGUUUCCUCUUGAUGGUGCAAUGAUCUCGUUAGGAGGAAAUUGAUGUUGGUCACUUUUUAGUCCUCCCAUGGUGGUCAUAGUACAAUAACCAUGACAUUGAGGGGGCUAAAUUUCAUCAUUUUCUUGUUAUUUCUUUUUCAGGAGUUUAAUGAUAAGAUUGCAACAAAGCACAAGAUAAUGAAGUUCAUAUCUAAGGUAAUUCAGAUUGUUUAAAUAAUUUUCAUUGUUGUCACUUUUAUACAAUUCUGUUGAUGAGCGUGUGUAACUUUAUGUCCCCAGAAAGUCCAGAAAGCUUAUGCAUUUGAGAUUCAAGAUGUUCCUGUGACAUCAGAGUACUUGGAGGUCAAAUAUUCGGUGAGAGAUGAUAAAUUUUAG